AAAUUAACAACUUUCACUGAAUACCUCUGCCCACAGAUUGCUUGUCUCCCCACAGAUUGCCUCUAAGAACACAUUCACUGUAUUCCCUCCACCACUACCCUCAAAUUCAGCUUAACCAAAAUCUAAUCCCAACCUCUGCAUAUUGAGUGUAGUGUAAGUGUGAAUCCCAAACCCUGCAUAUUCAGGAGCAAGAAGGCAACAUCCAAGAGGUACAAGAAGGCAGCAUCCAAGAGAUACUGACAUCAUGCCUAGAACUAAAAGAGCGAGAGCACAAGUUGGUAAAAGUUCCAACCCUCAACGACGCGAACAACAACAACCUCAAAAUCAGUCAUAUUCUACUGAUGAUUUUCUCACUAAAAGUCAUGCACUAGCCUUUCUAAACUUCUCUAGCCGACCAAUUGUAACAGGGAGGAGGGUAAAUCUUCCAUCUCAAUAUGAUGCACUAUUAAUUAGUAAACUUGAAGCAAUGAGAUGGCUAAACUUAAUUAAUGUACCUCAAAAGGUAUAUCCACGGCUGGUAGCUCUAUUUCAUGUUCACCUAAGAGCUACUCAGGAACAAGAUGGAAAUUUUAAUCUUUUGUCAUAUGUGAAAGGAAAGGGUAUACAGUUUGGUAUUCCUACUUUGGCAAGCAUUAUUGGAGUUGAGUUAGGUGAUGAAAAUAUUCAUUUUUAGACUGAGGCUGAGUUAGCUAAUAUUGUUGGUAAUGCUACUGAUGUGUAUACUACUAUUUGUCAGAACAGAUUUACUGGGACUAGUUUACAAGCAAGACAUUUAAAACCUUAUCUUCGGAUUCUCCACCGGUGGAUUGUAGAAAAUGUCACUCCAAAAAAAGGACAUCAUGAUGUGGUCCCAUAUUUUAAUGCCUAUUUGUUAUACUGUUUUGAAGUUGGUUAGAAGUUAGAUUUGUGUUACAUAAUUAUGAAAGAAAUGGUACUGGCAAAUCAAGGUCAAUUCACGGGUCGGUCAUUAUUGUUUGGGGCACUGUUAACAAAAAUUUUCAAACAUUUUAAGGUUCGCCUUGUAGAUGAAAUGGAGAUGAAACUUUCCUCACCCAUUAAUCAGUAUACAGUCACCUGUGCUGGUGCAGCCUCCAAUUUAAGGGAAAGUGUUAAUGCUCCAGAAGAUUCAGAAGAUGAAGUCCCAGCAGAUGAUGCUCCAGAAGAUCCUCUGGCCAAUGUGAUGCCAUCAACUGAACAACCUCAAUAUUGGACUGAGUUUUUAGCCAUGGAAGAACAACGGUAUAAUCAACGCGUUCAAUGGGAACAUCAAAUGGCUAAUCAGGUCAAUUCGUUGGGUACUCAGUUUGAUACAUUUGCCACUGCAGAGAACUCAUUAAUUCAACAAUUUGGUGAUUUUCGUGUGGACAUUGAGCAUCGCGUAAAUGACAUAUACCAUCACUACUACCCUUCUCUACCACCACCACAAGAUAAUAACUACGAUAUGAUUCUUUAUGACUCUGACUCCGACGAUGAGUUAGAGACAAUUGGAAUAGCUGCUAUGGAAGGGCAACGACUAGUAGCCAAUAGUUCAUCAAGAUCACGCCACAAUUCUAAUUGA